AUGGCGAGUGAGAGCUGGGAGGACUCGGAAGAUUCAUUCUGCGGGUUCUCAUUAAGGGGUAUCCAGUCCAGCGCCUCUUGUGACAGUGAAUGGACGGGCACAUUCUCUGUUCCUCGAGUGCAUUAUGUGCUUGCAGGAGCACCUCUCACCUAUCCUCACCCGUAUUCCGUAUUUGGCUUAUCUUUAGAUACCAUGAUCCUGCUUUUGAUUCCAGUCCCAGGUGGUGUUCGGUGUCGAUCAUCGGCCAUUCCCCAGUUGUCGGCUCCGACCAACUCUGUGGACAAUCUUUCUGCUGGACUUCAUCGCCGCCAUCAUGAAGGUGUUGACCAAAGAGACAAGUUCUGCUUUGGUCGUGCUUCUGUCGACAACUUGAACUCUACGUGCACGCUUUCGAAUCGUAACAAAGGGUCUCGGCCAGAGAGACUAAAUCAGACACUUGUGAGAGCCCCGAAACGAGAUACGCACAAUUCCACCUUCUUGGUGUCUUCGUCGCCUUGCCUGGAAGGCUCGAAGAAGAAGAAGACCAAAGAGGAUCUCCCCUCGGCCUCCUCCUGCCGCCUCGUCAAUUGCGUGGAAACAAGCAAUUGGCCUCGAGAAGAGGUGCUUAAGCAAACAUCUGGGUUCAGAUGCGAUUCCACUCCUUUGCACAACCUAAUAGCAGGCCAAGAUCUCAACAAAAUCAUCACAGUUGAGAAAAAAACUUUGAAUUCCACCUUCACAGCCUCAACGGAUCAUGUGAAGAGGAAAACUAGUCUGCAACCCGAAAUCCAAAGCCGAACACGAGUUGAAGAUUGGCACAAGAAACUCGGUUGCCGUGUUGUGGUGGACGGGCAGCAGCCAGGCUUCCUUCGUUUCUACGGUCGAACUUUCUUUCAUCCGGGGGAUUGGUGUGGCAUAGAAUUGGACAAUCCCGGUGGGAAAAACGACGGCUCAGUCAAUGGCAUCAGAUAUUUUACUUGCCCGCCACGUCACGGCUUAUUCGCCCAACCCCACGUGGUUCAACUCCUCUCUCCCAUUCAAGCAGAAUCCAGCCCAACUGGAAGCAGUGAUGGAGGGGAAUCCCUAGGUCUCCUCAACAUGGUCUCGAGUGUGAAUUCCGAUAUCAUGAGCGAGUCGUGGAAUAGCAACGUGUCAACGUCAGUUUUAAAUUCCCCUGGCAAUAAGAACCUUCUGCAACAGCUGAUAUUGAAGAGCUACCCGAGUGGAAAUAAGGAGGAUGUCCUGAACGGAAAUGGACAAGGAGAUACGUGCACCGAUGGGAAACCCAUGCCCCCGAUCAUCGCAACGAGUGUUACCAGUAUCGAUGGGGAUGGAUAUCAAGGAGAUGCGGAAAAUGAAGGUACGGACACCGGAAAUUCGCCGACUGUAGCAUCGAAGUCUUUCGUCCUGGGUCAGAGGUUAAUGCGACCUCAACCUGAUCCAUUGACGGAUUCCGAUUUCUACAGCAGUUGUUGCAGUGAAGGUGAACCCGAGAGCAUUGUGAUGAUAAGCAAUCGACCUCUGGCCGUCAAUUCAAACCCUUCCAGUCGGGUUCUUACCAGUCAAUCCGAAAUGGACAGCAGUGGGAUGGUCAGCGAUUUCUGCCCUGAAGAGAUCACCGUCGGGAACUUGACCGUCAUACAUCGUUCUUCUACUGAUUCCAAGAUCCCCAGCGGUGCUCUUCCGACUGUCGUCAAUAAAGAGAAAGCUGUGAAAGUUCGAAGAGAAAUUAAGAGGGAUCCAUCUUCCAAAUUGAAAUACCCCGAGAAGAAAUCGACGCAAGAGACGAAGAAAGGUCGAUGGGAGGACGUGAUGAGCUCGAUCAAGAAGAACCAAGAAGAAGGGAAAAGUCGACCGAGACGAGAAGUUCUGAGUCGAUUGAUGGAAGGGGUGGUGGGGGCAUCGAGACCUCCGUCAAAUGCCUCUAAUCGCAGUGUCGCUUCCACGGCCAAUUCCGUCAAAGAUACCACGAGCAUAAGAGUGACGAGGGCAGCUCGACCUGCAACCCUACCCAAAGGCAAGAAGGCCCCACCGCCCCAUGUCAGUGGGGCUGGCCCUCAGGGGUUCUUUCGAAAAUCUGUCUCUAUACUGUCCAGCAGGGAGACUACCAGACUCAACGGAGGGAUCCCUCGUCGAAUGUCAUCGGGUGGUGGAACUUCUUUUUCUUUUCCAAGCACCAUCCCCAAGAACAAGGACAAACAAUCCCAGAAACCCGAAGGGAAUCUGAGUGGAUCGAAGUGGAAUAAAUUGGGAGGGAGACCCCAGGAUGUCCUGGAGAAGCAUGCUCGAGAGAUGGAACGAUGGAAGAGGGACUCUGAAGCCAAAACCCGGCAACUGCAGGAUCUCACGAUGAAAUUCGAUGCCAUUGCUGUCGUCAUCCGAUACAUGAAUGAAGAGUGCGAAGCUUUCACAUGCAAGGAAUGGAAAGCUCGCUUCCACUCGUGCCUGACAGAACUGGAAGACACGAAAGCCAAGCUUCGAGACAGUCAAACUUUCUUUGGAAACCUCGAGACCCGCAUGGAGGAAGUUCAAGCUGCUUAUGAGAAGGAGAAGCUCACGCUCAUCAACAGCCACAAAACUGAAAUGGAAGGAGUGACACAAAGACAUGAAACAGUCUUGAAAGAAGCUCUUCAUGGCCAGGAGCAAAGGUUUGAACGGCAAUUGACUAGAUUAAGGGAGGAAGGAGAGGAGGCAUGUCGUCAGAUCCAAAAGGAAGCUGAUGAGGUGCUCAAAGCUCGAAGUAUUCAGUGGGGGAAGGAGAAGGCUGAAACUGAGGCUCUUCUUGAGGAUGUCAAGAAAGAACAUGAGACUCUACUACAAGGUCUUCAGAAAGAUACUAAUGUUCGCAUUCAGACACUUGCAAAUCGAUGCCAAGAUUUGCAAAAAGACAGGGAUUCCCUAAAUGCUGUCCUGGAGAUGCGAAGUGGAGAAUUACAACAGCUUAGGAGUGAACAACAGUUGUGGAAGAUCAAGGAGCAGGAGAUGCUACAAUGGAAGGACACCAUAGCUCGUCUCACUGCCCAGAAUGAAGAUUUCCAGGCUCAAAUUAACAAAUGGGAACAAGUCCAAAAAGAAUGGGAGACAAACUAUUUGGCCUUAGAGGAGAGGAUUCGGAAUGAGUUCAAGGAAAAGAAGCGCCUCUCUAUGCACAAUGACAUGCUUCAGUGGCGAUUAAAAAACAAGGAUUCCCCUGCACCAGGAUCUCCUUAUACUCCUGUUGUGAAUGGCAAUCAUAAUCACAACAGUCGUAAAAGCUUACCAGGAGGAAGGACAGAAUAUGACUCAGACUCUGAUAUCAUCCAGAGCUCCCCAAGAUCCUUGAGGCGAUCAGACUCUACAGGAAUGAAGAGAUCACGGCCAAGAAAAGGUAGUAUGAGCCCAACGCCCUCAAGUGAAGGAGAGGGAGAGGUUCCCUCAUCACCCGUCUCUGCACGCAUCUUGGUUGAAAAGGAUGCCUCUAUCUCCUUUCACGUGGACUUCAUAUCUGAAAGGGCAGAGGAUGAUGAAGAAGCACAAAAGAUGUUUUCGAAGGAGAUGAAAGAAGUCAUUCAAGUGUUUGAGAUGAACCAUAGCCCUCUGCAAGUCAAUGGGCAUAUGGAAGUUCCAACUCUGAAUGGAACCUUGACUGGAAUGAAAAGGCCCUCUCUUGAACUUGACAUGAAGGGUGAGGAUUCUUCAUUGUCUUUGUCAUUGGAUGAAUUCCAGGAUGGAGCUGGUGAGGCUCUGUUCAGUUUAGAUGUCUUAUCAAGUGGCCUCCCUUCAUUUGAAGAGAAGAACACACUAGAAGAAGGUCAGAAGUUGGAUAAGCCUACUUUGGUUGAAGUUUGCCCUUUUCUUCAUGCCAAAUCUCCCUAGUCAAUGUGCAAUCUUGUUUCAUUUCCUGGAGAAUGCCGCAUGGGAAAAGCAAACUCCCUUGAAAGUGAUCAAGUGCCAAAUAGAGUUGAAAGUGAUUGGUACAUGUGCACAAUGCACAGUGGUUGAGUUAUCUUUCCAGCACUUGAGGGAAAAAAUUUACCCUGGCACGUUGUGAUAAUCUCACAUUCCUGACUGACACAUAAGUGUUCAAUUUCUUUCUCUGAUGCAUUAGAUGUCAAUCUUAGAGUCUCUGGCUAAAUAUGAGUAACCAUGAAAGGAACGUUGUUUCUGUUAUCCUAGACUGUAAGGCAUCAUAUUACAUCUGCAAGUUGUGG